AGGCCAAGAUAUUUUUCUGGCGGUUCAGUCCAAACGCGAAGUUUUACAAAGUCAUUGAGAACGUAACGGGGUGCAAAUUGUAAAAAAGAAGAAAAGAAAAAUAAGAUUAAGAAAAAAAUUUGUAAUUAACGUUUUGAAAAUUAGUGGUGAAUUUGAAAGUUGUCGAGAUAAAAAUCUUUAAGAAUUCAAUGAAAAAUUAAAAAAAAUAACAAGAAAAUAAUUUAACUAAAUAAGUUUAUUUUAUUACAAAACAAAUUAGCAAUAAAGCUAAACAAUGCUAGUGUUAAAACGCUUAAUACUAAUCACAAUAUUGUGUGCCGCCACAAAUGCACAAGAUUAUCAAGACUAUCAGGAAAAUACACCCCGACCUGCACCCAUAAGACUGCGUCCCAGUUCCGGACAAGUAGAUGCGCCAAGACCGACACCAGUGCCAAUAUUAAAACAAAUUAAUAAACACAACGAAGAUGGUUCCUAUACUUAUGGUUAUGAAGGUGCUGAUGGUUCAUUUAAAAUUGAAACGAAAUUGGCCACCGGUGAAGUAAAAGGAAAAUAUGGUUAUGUCGAUGAGACCGGCAAAGUGCGAGUGGUAGAGUACGGUGCGAAUAAAUAUGGUUUUCAACCAUCUGGCGAGGGUAUUACGGUAGCACCACCCACUUUGGUAGAUGAAACGAAACGGGAACCAGAACCUGAUUAUGAAGAUGAAGUAGCGGUGAGACCACAGAGACCACAUCGCGUUAAUCGUCCUCAGCCUCAAUAUAGGCCAGCACCACCACCACCACCCCCAAGACCCCAACCUCAGCCACAACCACAAUAUGUACAAUAUGAAGAUGAAGAACAAGAACCAGAGCCACCACGUAGACAACAAUAUGUACCACAGACAGCACCACCUAGGCCACAACCUCAAUUGGGUCCAGCACCGCCUAGACUACAGAUACCUGGUGCUCAGCGUACUACUGAUGUUGUUUACUCACCCGUGCAAAAACCCUCUCGUCCCGAUUACUCACAACAACAUUCAUCUGAAUACUCACAAUCAACCUCGUUUGGAGAUGGUCAAUCUAAUUUGCGCAUAUCAAGACCCGUUUACGCUCCUGCACCCGUAACACCUGCUCCCUCUAGUGCUCGUGCUCAAGGCUUUUUGGGUCCAGCAUCUGGUGGACGUCCUCACUUAGAGCCUUUCCAAUUUGGACCCUCUCAACAAGCUGCACCAGCACCCCGUCCCGUACCCCAAUCAAUACCCGUCCAACAGCCCCGUUAUCAACAGCCUCAGUUACAGAGUCGCAGUAGUGGUGGCGGUGGUAGCAGUUUAUUAGAUCAAUUGGCUCGUGAUUAUGCCUUACCUGAGGGUACUUCGCAACCUUUACAUGAUAUUUCUUUCGGUUAUUACUAGAAUUGGAUUGAGUGGGUGGAUUCAUACUAUAAAUGUAGCUUGAGAGUGUAGCCGAAGAUGAAAGUCAUGUAACGAAUUUAUGUUGUAUUUACAGUUAUAGAGUUUUUUUUUAUAAGUUCGUUAUUGAGAUAAAGAAAUUUCAGUUUAAUUUGUUUGUUUUCCCCUGUGAGAUUUAAUGUCUUCUUAAAAAUUGAUUGAUUGUAUUUCAAUAAAAUUUAAAUGUUAAUUUGCCAUUUCUUUUGGUAAGAAUUAUAGAGUAAAUUUGGUUUGUUUUAUUUUUUAAUUUUAAGGGAAAUGCAUUGAUUUUUGUUCAAUGAUCUAUCUAGCGAUCAUUAUUAGAUAAUGCUUAUAUCCAUUAGGAAAAACUGCAGUGAAAGCUUUUUACGGAAAUUAAUUUUGUAUAUAAAUUGGCAAAACUUAAGAAAUUUCAUACUUACAAAUAUUUUUAUUGAAUAUUUUCAUGACAAUUAUCAAUUUACCGAUCUUGAACGAUCACUCUUAACUGUCAAACCCAAAACUAUUGCAUACUUUUAAGCAUUGCACAGAAAUAAAACUAAAAUUUUUAACGUGUAAAAAAAA